ACUGCUGCCAUCCUUUUCUCCUGGCCUGCUGUCCUCCUAGACACGCUCGUCGCCUAAGGAUCCUCCCCUCCCAGCUCUUGCAAACUCCGAACUCGUCGCCUGCUGAUUCUCUUUCACCACGGGUUCACAGCGGAGGCAGCAGUGAGGUGUCCGAUUUGGACACGUGAGGCCUGCGAUCCCCGGAAUUGGGGAGCAAAAUGGAGAUGACCAGGAAGAGAUACGAAGGAGAGGUGAACAACAAGCAGAAGCCAUGGGGAUGGGAGGCAAAACAGAUGAAGAGCAGACGACAAUGAGCAGGGGAAAAGGAGACUAUCCUCUUCCUCCCCCUGCAGGUAUGAAGACCCCUCACAAAAAGGCAGCUGCAGGGCAGCAAACCAGGGAAAUUGUCGAUGGCCACAAAGGGUCUGAAAGUAUGAGGAAGAAAAAGACUUCUCAAAAGAAGCAGAGAGGCAGACCUUCCUCCCAGCCCCGCAGGAAAAUCGUGGGCUGCAGAAUUUCACACGGAUGGAAGGAAGGCAAUGAGAGCAUCACCCAGUGGAAAGGAACCGUUCUGGAUCAGGUGCCUAUAAAUCCUUCUCUUUAUCUGGUGAAAUAUGAUGGAAUUGACUGUGUCUAUGGACUGGAACUUCACAGAGAUGAAAGAGUUUUGUCUCUUAAAAUUCUUUCUGACAGGGUGGCAUCAUCUCAAGUCAGUGAUGCAAACCUUGCAAAUACCAUAAUUGGUAAAGCUGUGGAACAUAUGUUUGAGGGUGAGCAUGGUUCUAAGGAUGAAUGGAGAGGAAUGGUCUUGGCCCAAGCACCUAUCAUGAAAGCCUGGUUUUAUAUUACCUAUGAGAAAGAUCCUGUCUUGUACAUGUACCAGCUUCUAGAUGAUUAUAAAGAAGGAGACCUCCGUAUCAUGCCAGAGUCCGGUGAGUCUCCUCCAGCAGAGAGGGAGCCAGGAGGAGUUGUAGAUGGCCUGAUAGGUAAACAUGUGGAAUAUACCAAAGAAGAUGGCUCCAAACGGAUCAGCAUGGUCAUUCACCAAGUGGAAGCCAAACCCUCUGUGUAUUUCAUCAAGUUUGAUGAUGAUUUCCAUAUCUAUGUCUAUGAUUUGGUGAAAAAGUCCUAACUGUUAGGGUAAACUUUGCCACAUUUGUGAAAACAAAUGUGUACUUUGUAGACAUGCAAAAUAAUGUUACUUUUCAGUGUAUUGAAAACUUUAGGGUCCCUGUUAAUCUGACAUCUU